GGCUUUGGCUAGAGCCACCGAUUCGUGCCAGUCCUAGCACAACCCUACAAGAAAGGCAGUGCGAGUAGUGAAUCAAAUGCUGCGAAAUUGUAGCCCAUGCUGACGAUACCGGACGAUGGCAAGCCAAACCGUGUCUAGGGUAGGCUAGAGGACAUUCCAUUUUAAACUGAAGGAAUGUGCCAUAUCGCAGGCAUGUCUCUAUAAAUUCGUAGAAAGUGUCAACGAAAGCUUACGAAGUUACGCGCUAAAUUCAGAGAUCAGUUUUGAGCCAGCAUUGCAGCCGUGCAGCACAGCGCAAUGGAUGUGUAUGAAUGAGAGACGGGUUAGAGUGCCCUAUCCUAUGUCAUUUUCUAGGAAACAAGAGGGAUCUAGCUAGCAAUCUUUAAUUACGCAAACAUCAUUGAGAGGUGCUGUGUCAGACUUUUGGUACUCGGAACAUUCCGUGGAUUUAAGUUGUUCAGUCCAUUACCAAAAGACGACGAACACUGCGAGGCUAUAAAAUAGCCGAAAACAGGAGACCUCGUUGAAACCUAGAGAAACAUGUGAAGACCCUGGUGAAGCAUCAAACGGAAAGUUAGCCUUCAGCAACGCAAAGGGGAAGGUAGCCGCCCUCCUGCCAUCCUCCCUCUCCUCCUCCCACAUCUCUGUUUCGUCUGCUGUUGCCUUGCAGGCCCCCGUGAGCCAUGGAAGGCUGGCGGGUCGCACGCAGGACAUUCUCACCAGGCCCUGCAGGGGGCGCCAUGCUGGUGCUGCUGGCCUGCUGGCUCCUGGCGUUCUCCGCCGUGUGCAGCAGCCAGACCUUCACCAGCUUCCACCCCGAGAGGCGGGAGUGGGCCUUUAACCACCUGACCGUCCAUCAGAAUACCGGGGCGCUGUACAUCGGCGCUGUCAACCGCGUCUACAAGCUGUCAGGGAACCUCACCCUGCUGGUGUCCCACGACACGGGCCCCGAGGACGACAACAAGGCCUGCUACCCCCCGCUGAUCGUCCAGCCCUGCUCCGAGCCCCUGGUCUCCACCAACAACGUCAACAAGCUGCUGCUCAUCGACUACUCCCAGAACCGUCUGCUGGCGUGCGGUAGCCUGUACCAGGGCGUGUGCAAGCUGCUGAGGCUGGACGACCUGUUCAUCCUGGUGGAGCCGUCCCACAAGAAGGAGCACUACCUCUCCAGCGUCAACCAGACGGGCACCAUGUACGGGGUGAUCGUGCCCUCCACCCAGGGCCAGGACGGGACCCUGUUCAUCGGGACGGCCGUGGACGGCAAACAGGACUACUUCCCCACCAUCUCCAGCCGCAAGCUCCCCCGCGACCCCGAGUCGUCCUCCAUGCUGGACUACGAGCUGCACACAGACUUUGUGUCGUCGCUCAUCAAGAUCCCGUCCGACACGCUGGCGCUCGUCUCCCACUUCGACAUCUACUACGUGUACGGCUUCGCCAGCGGCGCCUUCGUCUUCUUCCUGACCGUGCAGCCCGAGACGCCCGAGAACAGCAUGUCGUCGGGCGGCUCCUCCGCCGACCUCUUCUACACGUCGCGCAUCGUGCGCCUCUGCAAGGACGACAGGAAGUUCCACUCGUACGUGUCGCUGCCGGUGGGCUGCGUGAAGAACGGCGUGGAGUACCGCCUGCUGCAGGCCGCCCACCUGGCCAAGCCCGGCAGCGUGCUGGCCGCCGCGCUUAACAUCAGCGCCCAGGACGACGUGCUGUUCACCGUCUUCUCCAAGGGCCAGAAGCAGUACCACCGCCCGCCCGAUGAUUCGGCGCUCUGCGUCCUCACCAUUCGCGACAUCAACGCCCGCAUCAAGGAGCGCCUGCAGUCCUGCUACCAGGGCGAGGGCAACCUGGAGCUCAACUGGCUGCUAGGGAAGGAUGUGCAGUGCACUAAGGCGCCCGUACCCAUCGAUGACUCCUUCUGUGGGCUGGACAUCAACCAGCCCCUUGGAGGCUCCCAGCUGGUCACAGGCCACACCCUCUACACGGAGACCCGCGACCGCAUGACCUCCGUCACCUCCUACGUCUACAACGGCUACUGCGUGGCCUUCGUGGGGACCAAGAGCGGCCGCCUCAAGAAGAUCCGCGUGGACGGGCCUCCUCAUGGCGGGGUGCAGUAUGAGACUGUGUCGGUCAUCAAGGACGGCAGCCCCAUCCUGAGAGACAUGGCCUUCUCCCUGGACCGCAACUACCUCUACGUGAUGUCAGAGAGACAGGUGACACAGGUCCCCAUAGAGUCAUGUGAGCAGUAUGGGACAUGUGGAGAGUGUCUGAGUUCUGGAGACCCCCACUGUGGCUGGUGUGUCCUGCACAACAUGUGUCUCUCCUGUGUGAACAGUGCCUUCCGCUGCCACUGGUGCAAGUACCGCAACCUGUGUACCCACGAUCCCUCCAGCUGCUCCUAGGAGGGACGCGUCAACGCCUCCGAGGACUGCCCCCAGCUGGUGCGCUCCGAGGAGAUCCUCAUCCCAGCAGGGGAGGUGAAGCCCAUCACCAUGAAGGCCAGGAACCUGCCCCAGCCCCAGUCUGGCCAGCGCGGCUACGAGUGCGUGCUCCACAUCCAGGGGGUCAGCCACCGUGUCACCGCGCUGCGCUUCAACUUCAGCGUCCAGUGUCAGAACAGCUCGUAUCUGUAUGAGGGGAUGAAGAUCAGCGAGCUGCCGGUGGAUUUCUCAGUGGUGUGGAACGGCAACUUCAUUAUUGAUAACCCUGAGAACAUCCAAGUGCACCUGUACAAGUGUGCGGCGCAGCGGGACAGCUGUGGGGUGUGCCUGAAGGCGGAGAGGAAGUUCCAGUGUGGGUGGUGCUCCGGGGAGGGGCGCUGCACCCUGCGCCACCACUGCCCCCCCCUCAACCCCUACACCACCCGCUGGCUCGACCUGUCCAGCAAGAACGUCAAGUGUACCAACCCACGCAUCUCUGAGGUGACUCCCAUAGCAGGACCUCCGGAGGGGGGCACACGGGUAACCAUCCAUGGUAAGAACCUGGGCCUGGCCUUCGCUGACAUGGUGGGGAACGUGGAGGUGGCCGGGGUGCGCUGCAGCCCCGUGGAGGAUGGCUACAUCAUCGCUGAGCAGAUCGUGUGUGAGAUGGAUGCGGCCCCUGCAGACAGCAAGUCUGGACCAGUUCAGCUGUGUGUAGGAGAAUGCAAACCUGAGCUAAAGACCCACUCCACUCAGCUCUACUCCUUUGUGAUUCCAUCCGUGCAGGGUCUCUCCCCCAGCCGAGGGCCAGAGUCAGGGGGCACCAAGGUCACCAUCAUGGGCGAGAACCUGGGGGCUGGCAGCAGUGUCAAUGUCCAGUUUGGGAACCAGACCUGCGAGUUCUAUGGGAGGUCCAUGACGGAGAUUGUGUGUUACUCUGCACCCUCUCUGUCGGGGGUGGGCUUGGUGCAGAUCAGCGUGAGUGUGGACCGGGCCCAGGUCCGAGAGAGCCUGAGCUUCGAGUACAUGGAAGACCCCACGGUCCAGCGCAUCGAGCCUGAGUGGAGCAUCGCCAGUGGCCACACCCCUCUGAUGGUGACAGGAACCAAUCUGGACAUAGUCCAGGAGCCCAGGAUCAGAGUCAAGUAUGGAGGGAAAGAGUCUGUCAACGUGUGUAAGGUUCUGAACGCCACCAGUAUGAGCUGCUUCGCCCCCUCCCUGGUAACAGAGUACCGCCUCGGCCUGGACUCGGUCAAGCACACCGACGAGUUUGGCUUCGUGUUCAACAACGUCCAGGCUCUGCUGGUCUACAACAACACCAACUUCCUGUACUACCCCAACCCCUACUUCGAACCGCUCAGCACCAACGGGGUUCUGGAGCAGAAGCCCGGCUCGCCUAUCAUCCUCAAGGGAAGAAACCUGGUGCCCCCGGCCUCAGGGGGGGUGAAGCUCAACUACACCGUGCUGAUUGGGGACACCCCCUGCUCCGUCACUGUGUCAGAGAGCCAGCUGCUCUGUGAGCCGCCAAAUCUCACCGGACAGUACAAAAUCAUGGUCCAGGUGGGCGGUCUCCACGUGUCUCCGGGCGCCGUCCACAUCCUGUCUGACAGCCUGCUCACCCUCCCGGCCAUCGUCAGCAUCGCCGCUGGCGGCGGCCUGCUCCUCAUCAUCGUCAUCCUCGUCCUCAUCGCCUACAAACGCAAGUCACGAGAGAAUGACCUCACUCUCAAGCGCCUGCAGAUGCAGAUGGACAACCUGGAGUCCAGGGUGGCACUGGAGUGCAAGGAAGCCUUCGCAGAGCUGCAGACGGACAUCAACGAGCUGACCAGCGAUCUGGACCGCGCCGGCAUCCCCCACCUGGACUACAGAACCUACGCCAUGAGGGUGCUCUUCCCCGGCAUCGAGGACCAUCCUGUGCUGAGGGAGCUGGAGGUGUCUGGUAACGGCCAGCUGCACGUGGAGAAGGCUCUGAAGGUGUUUGGUCAGCUCAUCAACAACAAGGUGUUCCUCCUGACCUUCAUCCGCACGCUGGAGAUGCAGCGCUCCUUCUCCAUGCGCGACCGUGGCAACGUGGCGUCGCUCAUCAUGACGGCGCUGCAGGGGCGCCUGGAGUACGCCACCGACGUGCUCAAGCACCUGCUGUCCGACCUCAUCGAGCGCAACCUGGAGAGCAAGAACCACCCCAAGCUGCUGCUGCGCAGGUGG